UAACAUUAGACUCUCACAUCUGACAGGUUAUUAUUUGUCCUCCCGUUGAAGAACCACAGAAAACCAGCUUGCCUGUUGCUAGAGCGUCUUUUGACAACAGAGGACAGAGACUCUUUUUGAUCACUUUGCGUAAUAAUCGAUUUGCUCCAUGCCACAAAACAGUACAGGAUUAUAAUUCUCUCUUGGAUUUAAAAGUCAUCGAUUUAACUACUCAUCAACACCAAACUUGUCUUUAGCGUACACCUCUGGAAAUUGCGCACGGAGAUGGCGCAAAGGUACGACGAGCUGGCUCAUUACGGAGGAGCAAUGGAUGGAGUCGGAAUCCCCACGUCCAUGUACGGAGACCCGCAUGCCCCACGGCCCCUGCCCCAGGUCCACCACCUGAACCAUGGGCCGCCCCCGCACCCGACGCAGCACUAUGGAGCACACGCGCCGCACAACAUCAUGCCGAGCAGCAUGGGCAGCGCCGUCAACGACGCACUAAAGAGAGACAAGGACCAAAUCUACGGCCACCCUUUAUUCCCACUGCUGGCUCUGGUGUUCGAGAAGUGCGAGCUGGCGACCUGCACGCCUAGAGAGCCCGGGGUGGCGGGCGGAGAUGUCUGCUCCUCCGACUCCUUCAAUGAAGACAUAGCCGUAUUUGCAAAACAGAUCCGCGCAGAGAAACCUCUAUUUUCUUCCAACCCAGAGCUGGAUAACUUGAUGAUUCAAGCGAUCCAAGUCCUUCGAUUUCAUCUGCUGGAAUUAGAGAAGGUUCAUGAGCUCUGUGAUAACUUCUGCCACCGGUACAUCAGCUGCCUAAAGGGCAAAAUGCCCAUCGACCUGGUCAUAGAGGAGCGAGACGUCUGCAAGUCGGAUUUCGACGACCUCUCCGGAUCCUCUACCAACCUCGCAGAUCAUAACCCAGCGUCCUGGAGAGACAUGGAUGACGCCCACUCCACGCCUUCCGUGGGCACCCCGGGACCGUCCAGUGGGGGACACGUCUCUCAUAGUGGUGACAACACCAGUGAACUCGGAGACGCCCUCGACAACAGCUUGGCAUCACCGGGCACAGGAGACGAGGAUGACCAGGACAAGAAGAGGCAGAAGAAACGAGGCAUCUUCCCCAAAGUAGCCACAAAUAUAAUGAGAGCGUGGCUCUUCCAGCACCUUACGGCCUAA